UAUUUUCCUUCGUAGUCAUUUUUUUUUCAACAAAAUUGGUCCAAUCAGUUCAUCUGUGUACUUCAUGUUUUAACUGAAACAAUGUACCCUGUGCAAAUCGAUGCCUAGCGAUGGCCCUCGAUCAGGUCCAGUGCUUCACCUGCCUCCAGGGGCCAUCGAAUCUUGCGGAUCUUAUUCCGAUCGAGCGAGAAAAAUGCGAAAACAUCGUUGACGCGCUCGAGAAACACUUCUGGUUUAAGGAAAAUGAUUUUGAGGACCAACAGCUGUGCAGACUUUGCUGGGUUCAAAUCGAUAAGUUCCACCAGUUUUAUUUAGCGAUUGAAGAUUUGCACAGGGUACGUAAAAGUGCGGACCAUGACUACUCACCCGAUUUAGUUUCACCGGAAACGGACGUAGAAUAUUUGGAAGAUUACCUGGACGAAGGAAUUGUCCAAAAUGGUACUUAUGAAAAUGUUUUCACCGAAACUGAUGAAGAUUUGAAGAUAAAGAUAGACAUAGACAAGACGAAUCUCAAAGAAGAAUCGAAAGAAAUCAAACAGGAAUCUGACGAAAGGAGUAAGUUAUCUCAAAAGGAAUCUACAAAAAAAAUUAUACCUGUAACCGUAACAAGAGAACGGAAACAUCGGGUUGUUGUAAAUAAGAAACCAAACAAAAAACUUCAAGCAUUCCUCCUACAGGACCAGUACAUUCGAAAGCAUGUGCAAUAUAUUUGCAACCAAUGUGGUGACAAUGCGGAAACGUUUGUGAAUUUUGUCAAGCACGCUCGACUGGAACAUGGAGUAGCUUCUCCAUAUUUGAUGUGCUGUGGGAAUAAGUUCUACAACAAAUCACGGCUCUAUCAGCACGUGCAGGCGUUCAACGAUCCGGACACUUUCCGGUGUGAGCAGUGUAAGAAAAAUUUCUCGGACAACGAAGGAAUCAAACGGCACAUGCGAGAGUUUCAUGCUACGGAAGAUGAGCGCGCUUUCAAAUGUGAUCGUUGUCCGAAAAGUUUUGUUACCGAGUACAAGCUGUCGGUGCAUUUAAAGGAUCACGAAGAUCAGGAGCAUAACGCAUUGGAUUGCAAAUACUGUGGCACGAGUUACAAAUCACGAUUAACGCUGAACAACCAUAUUAAAUUCAAACACACCCAACCCAUCGAGUUUGUUUGCGAAAUUUGCGCCAAGGGAUUCCACGGUUUUACCGCAUUUAUGGAACAUAAGCUACUGCACAAAGAUCCCAGCGAGCUGAAGAUGCAGUGCGAAAUUUGCCACAAAUGGUUGAAAACCCGGGCCAUCUGGAAGCGACACGUUGCGCGCCACGAGGAUGUGGAAUGUACCUGUGAAAUAUGUGGCCACGUGUCCCCCAACAAGCAGGCCAUGAAGGCACACAAAAUACGGCAGCAUAGUAAAGGGGAGCGCAUUUUUCAGUGCCGACACUGUCCGAAAGUGUUUCGGCAAGCAGCAAAUCUGAAGGAUCACGAAGCAUCGGUUCACAGUGGAGACGUCCUGAAUCGAUGCCUGUUUUGUGAUAAGCGUUUCAAUUCACGGGCCAAUAUGCACGCGCACCAGAAGAAGAUGCACCCGAUCGAAUGGUCCGAGCAUCAUCGGAAGCGGUUUUAUUCCAAGUAAGUUGCCGCGGUAAGUGUGAGACUAAUUUUAUUUUAUUUUGAAGAGAUUAACGUCCUAGCUGUCUCGAAUGUUUUUUUAUGUAGGAUAAAAGCAGAUAUUUUAUUUUGAAAUGUGUAAAUG